CGUUGACGUCAGCCACAGUUUGAGGUAGAGCGAAGUCUCGCUGCGCUUCUAGCCGUGAUGCAAUCGCUGUCCUAGUCAGCCGUUGCGGACGGCUGGUAGUAGCCUGCCGAGCCCAGUGGUGGGGAAUACAGAUUCGUUAACUUGGAUUUUGGCAGGAGAGUAUUAACUACAGUUUCAGACCUUGAUUUGGAAAGAUCAUAAUUAGCACAUUCAUUAAGGUGUGACUUCUGUUUCCUUUAAAAGGGGGAUUUGACUUGGAUCCUGUGAUACAGUUUUAGAGGUGUCCGGACUCUCUAAUGGAUGAGGAUUACCAGUAGAAGAGGAAGAGACACAGUUUAAAUGCAUGUGGGAGAUUCUGGACCUAGGUACUUCAUGCCUUUUUGAUGCUAGCUGGGAGGGAACCUGAUAACACUUAUGCCAACCUUGAUUAAAAAAGCAGAUUUCUUGUGCACAACUUUGGCUGAAUGAGAAGAAGAGUGAUAUUUGCUUCUGAGAACUCGAAAUAAAUGUAAAAUAUCUGGAAAACCAAAAAUUAGGAGGGAUUCUGGAUUCACUCUUCAAGACUGGCAAUCUUGUAUGCAGAGCACAAAUGUGAAUAUGGCUUGACUAAUUGUUGGUCUGCGCAAAUAUUGCUAAUGAGUGUUCAGUGGACUGUAUUAAGAUCAGGGGGUUCUACUCUAACACUGAGGAGCGGAACCCACAACAGCUUGAAAUCAGUGGAAAUAUUUCUCAGCAGUCAGACUCAUCAAAGCAGCAAUACAAAAUGAGUGGCUAUUCUGAACUUGCAAACAACCAUAGCCAAAUGAUUGCUGAGGAGACUGAUGGUCAAACCAAGCCUGAACAGCAUCCAGAUACUCUUCAGGAGGCCAUUGAGAUGAGCAGUGGAUCAAGUGGUAAUGACUUCCGUGGAAAUGGUAUGAAUGAAAACUAUUCUACUGGCCAUGAUUCUCAUGGCAAUGAAUCUGAUGAAAAUGGGAAAGAUACAGCAAUGCUCAUGGAGUCUUUAGAUUGUCAUAAAAGCUCAAAUGCAUUUAGCCUGAUGAUUGCAGACUCUGAACAUAAUCCAUCUACUAGUGGAUGCAGCAGUGAGCAAUCCACUAAAGCCAAAACACAGAAGGAAUUGAGGAAAACAUUGCAGGAGCUGAAAGCACGCCUUCCUCCUGAAAAAAGAAUCAAAGGAAAAUCUAGUGUGCUGACAACACUGAAAUAUGCACUUAAAAGCAUUAAACAAGUUAAAGCCAAUGAAGACUAUUACCAGUUAAUGAUGAUUAAUGAAAGCCAUCCUUCUGGUCUUGAUGUGUCGUCCUAUACGGUGGAGGAAGUUGAGAACAUUACUUCAGAAUACAUCAUGAAAAAUGCAGACAUGUUUGCUGUAGCUGUUUCCCUGAUUACUGGGAAAGUCUUGUACGUCUCCGAUCAAGCUGCCUCGAUUCUACGCUGUAAGAGGGAUUUCUUUAAAAAUGCCAAAUUUGUGGAGUUCUUGGCACCUCAGGAUGUCAGUGUUUUCUACAGCUCCACUACCCCUUACAGAUUGCCAUCAUGGAAUAUUUGUAAUGGAGUUGAAUCUUCCACACAAGACUGUAUGGAGGAGAAAUCAUUCUUCUGUCGUAUCAGUGCAGGAAAAGAACAUGAAUAUAUCUUCUACCACCCAUUUCGUAUGACUCCUUACCUUAUCAAAAUACAAGAUACUGAGAAUGCAGAAGAUCAGCUUUGCUGUGUGUUGCUUGCAGAAAAGGUGCACUCUGGCUAUGAAGCACCCAGAAUUCCUCCUGACAAGAGAAUUUUUACAACUACGCACACACCAAGUUGUUUGUUCCAGGAUAUAGAUGAAAGAGCUGUACCUCUUUUGGGAUACCUACCUCAGGACUUAAUAGGAACCCCUGUUUUAUCGCAUCUUCACCCAAGUGACAGACCUCUAAUGCUAGCAGUUCACAAAAAAAUACUUCAAUAUGGUGGACAGCCUUUUGACUAUUCACCAAUCCGGUUCUGCACUAGAAAUGGGGAAUACAUAACUAUGGACACCAGCUGGUCUAGUUUCAUUAAUCCUUGGAGCCGAAAAGUAUCAUUUAUAAUCGGAAGACACAAAGUUAGGACUGGUCCCUUAAAUGAAGACGUAUUUGCUGCUCCCAACUACACAGAAGAUAAAAUCCUUCAUCCUAGCAUUCAGGAAAUCACAGAACAAAUAUACCGACUGUUGUUACAGCCUGUACACAACAGUGGAUCUAGUGGCUAUGGAAGCUUAGGUAGCAAUGGAUCACAUGAGCAUUUAAUGAGUAUAGCAUCAUCCAGUGACAGCAAUGGGAACAACAAUGAAGAGACGCUAAAGGACAAGCAUGUGACCUGUCAAGAUGCACAUAUGGCCAGAAAUGAAGGACAACAUGUUUUCACUGAUAGAAGAGUGAAGCUGGAACAUAAGAAAAAGUCUUUUGGAGAAAAAACAAAUUGUUCCAGUGUUCGGAUGGAAGAUAUAACUGAAAAGGAUACUGUAGCCAUUGCUGCUCAUAAGAAUGUGCUUACAGAGGAACUGGCUUGGAAGGAACAGCCUGUGUAUUCUUAUCAACAGAUUAGUUGUUUAGACAGCGUCAUCAGGUACUUGGAGAGUUGCAGCAUACCUGGCACAGUAAAGAGAAAAUGUGAACCUUCAUCAAACAAUGCUGCUUCACUGAGUUCUGAUGAUCACAAGCAAAAAACAGCUGAUAAUGCUGUUAAGCCAUCAGGAGAAGAAAGAGUGCUGUUGAAAACUCAUAUAGACCCUGCUGUGUUGAAGACAUCUGAUAAAUCAAAUGGUCCUCCAGUAGUUGGUGCUCACUUAACCUCUUUGGCUUUACCUGGGAAACCAGAAAGUGUUGUAUCCUUCACCAGUCAGUGCAGCUACAGUAGCACCAUAGUUCAUGUUGGGGACAAAAAACCACAACCUGAAUUAGAAAUGAUAGAAGAUGGUCCUAGUGGAACAGAACUCUUAGAUAGUCAACUUCUUGUCCCUCCAUCCAGCACUAUAUGUGCAAACCAGGAAAAAGAGCCAUUUAAGAAACUGGGACUUACAAAGGAAAUCCUUGCAGUGCAUACACAAAAAGAAGAGCAGAGCUUUUUGAAUAAAUUCAAAGAAAUCAAAAGAUUCAAGAUUUUUCAAUCCCGCUGCAAUUACUACUUACAAGAUAGACCCAAAGGACGUCAUGGUGAACGUGGUGCUCGUGGGCAAAGAAAUGGUACUUCUGGAGUAGAUCAGUCCUGGAGGAAAAGUGGAAAGAACAGGAAAUCGAAACCAAAACGAAUUAAACCACAGGAAUCCUCUGACAGUACAACUUCUGGACCCAAUCUCCCUCAUCAAUUUCCUCUGCAAGGCCUAAAUAGUACAGCUUGGUCACCAUCAGAUACUUCUCAAGCUAGCCAUUCAGCCAUGUCUUUCCCUGCUGUUAUGCCUGCAUAUCCACUUCCGGUUUUUUCAGCAGCAGGAACUGUGCCACCAGGUCCUGAGGCAUGCCUUUCUGGUUUCAGUGAUUUACCAGAUUCUGGAAAUAAUUGUCCUAUGCAGCCAUCACAGUUCUCUGCACCUCUUGUAACGCCAGUGGUAGCACUUGUGCUCCCCAACUACAUGUACCCUCAAAUGAACAAUAAUUUACCCCAGACACUUUACAAUGGCCAGCCCAACUUUUCUGCUAAUCCUACUUUCUCUUCACAGUCAGUGUUUUCAGCACUGCCGCCAUUAGCUACCCCAAAUCCUUUCCCUCAACAGACAUUCUUUCCAACACAACCAUUCCAUUAUAAUACACCAGCAGAAAGUGAAAAGGCUCCUGCCAUGGAAUUACGAAAUGAUCCAUCCCGUUCCUCCACACCGCAGUCUCUUGGUCCUCAAGAUCAGGCCUCACCACCUUUGUUCCAGUCAAGGUGCAGUUCUCCUCUACAGCUAAACCUUCUGCAAUUGGAAGAAACCCCCAAAAGUGCUGAAAGUGGAGCUGCUGCUGGUUUACAUGGAGCUUUAAUUGAAGGAGGAGCCACAGACAAACCCAUAACUGAUGACAGCAGCAGAAAAGGAUCCUCUCCUAUUGAUUCUCCAAUGGAAGCUCAAAAUAGCGAUUCUCUCUCUAUGUCCAGUGAUUUACUUGAUAUUUUACUUCAAGAGGAUACAUAUUCAGGCACUGGCUCAGCUUCAUCGGGAAGUGGUGUAUCAGCAGCUGCUGAGUCGUUGGGAUCUGGAUCCAACAGCUGUGGCAUGUCAGGGAGCAGAACAGGCAGUAGUGAGACAAGUCAUACCAGCAAAUAUUUUGGAAGCAUCGACUCCUCAGAAAAUAAUCAUAAUACAAAAAAGAACACUGAAAUGGAAAACAGUAAACAUUUCAUUAAAUAUGACCUUCAGGAUCCUAUCUGGUUACUGAUGGCAAAUACAGAUGACUCUGUUAUGAUGACUUACCAGAUACCAUCCCGAAAUGUGGAAAUGGUUUUAAAAGAGGACAAACAAAAACUAAAGCAAAUGCAGAAAUUCCAGCCAAAGUUUACAGAAGAACAAAAAAGAGAGCUUAUUGAAGUUCAUCCAUGGAUCCAGAAGGAUAGACUUCCAAAAGCAGUUGCUAAUUCAGAGUGUAUUUACUGUGAGGUCAACACACGAAGCCGCUUUUAUACACCAUAUGACGAAGAAAUCCAUGAAAUGGAGCUUAAUGAAAUGAUUGACGCCAGUGAAGAAAACAUCUUGGCUACCCUGAGUCAAAUCAGUGAAGAACAAACCUAAUAUUUGGCAGUAUUUAAAAAAGCAGCUGCUUUAAAAUACAGUGAUGCAUCAGCAUGUCUUAAAGGUUUUAAAACUUGUUUCUAGUUAAAUGAAUCUGGUUUAUAAAACAAAUGGAUUUUUUGUUCUAGAAAAAGGUCAUUUGUGAAUGAAUCUCUUUGAAUGGGGCAAUUCAAAAUAAAGAGAUUCAGCUGCAAUCAAAACAUUAGUUUUAAUGUAUCUUCACUUAAUGUGUUUACAGUUACUACAACUGUAUUUCUGGUGUUUUUCAUCUUUAUAGCUUGAAGGAAGAACUUAUGAAUCUCAUGGUCACUAGUAAGUUGUGGUUCUAUUUCACUUCAAUGUUGUAUGAAACACUCACCAGCACGAUCUCAUACUCCCAUUGUUUUUAAUAGUGUGAAAGAAGAUCAAACUUAAAUCUGUGUAAAUAUUAACUCAAAGGGGAAACCCAAUUUAAUUUUUCAGUGUUUAUAAAGUCCAAUGUACUAGAUGUUUUGUGCAGAAAUUAAGCCGUGCAGAUAUAUCAGCAUAUUGCGUAUAUUCCAUUAUUACAUGCAAAAAUAUAUUAUUUUAAUUGGACCAGAGUGAUUGAGAAAUAAAGCUUUAAGAGUGCAAUCUAAGUGUACAAACAACUUUCAGGGACUUCUCAAUCAUUUUGUAAUUUUUUUUCACCAUUAGCAUGCUUUUCUGGUUAAUUUUUUUUUAACACACAUCUUGUAACUUAGUGAAAGGGAGGGAAAAGGUGUAUUUAGAGCAUUUUGUAGAUGUGUUUACACAACAACUUACCAUUGUGUUUUUUAAAGUGUGUGCAUUUACAGGGUAGUAUUAAAAUAUUUUCCUGUAACUUUAAAAUUACAAAUCUCCACUUUUAGAUAGGUUGGGAAAAAUUAUAACUUAUGUUGUAAUAUGAUUUGUGACAUAACCUUUUGUCAACAAUGUUUUCUGUACACAGUGCAAUAUAUUUUGGUUUUGUCACUUGUGACUAAUUUUUAUGACUUUUUGCUUUUUAGAAAACUGGUAAAUAAAACAGAUAUAUUUUUA